UCCUCUCACUCGCAUCGCGGCCCUCGCAGUCGGCAGUGCACUGCGGACGCGACCACCGCCAACCAUGCGGCCUCCAAACUUACUCAAGUUUUACCUCUUCCUAACUCUCAUCUACCUAUCCUACGCUGAAAAAUGCCCUCCCAAGUGUCAAUGCGUACACAACUCGGUUCGUUGCCUCCACCAAGAUCUCCAGGCGAUUCCGAAAACUCCCGACGAAGCUCACACUUUGGACGUGCGUUUUAACCGCAUCUAUGACAUCGCACCAGGCGUUUUCAGCCAUCUACACCGGCUGCGCUCAUUGCUCCUGAACGACAAUCAACUGAGAGCAAUACGCUCCGGUGCGUUCCAUGGCUUACGACGACUCAAAUAUCUCUACCUUUACCGCAAUCGCAUACAACACAUUGACUCCGAUGUAUUUCACGGAAUGGUGCAUUUGGAACAACUGUACUUGCACGUAAACGAAAUACAUCAAAUUGAACCGGAGACAUUCUCGAACAUGCCACGACUUGAGCGAUUAUACUUACACAACAAUAACCUGAAGACCAUUCCACCGGGAUCGUUCAGAGGGAUGCCAAAGUUGCAAAAGCUUCGGUUGGAUAGUAACGCUUUAAUUUGCGAUUGUGGUAUGUUAUGGUUUGUCCGAAUGCUCGCUGAGCACAGUGAAAUGAGUAUCGCUGCUACUUGCUACGAACCAGCUGGAGCUACUGGAUCAUCCUUAGCUUCAAUGAAGGAGAAAGACUUCCAUUGCCGUCAACCUGAAAUCGCAGCCGAUCCCGAAGAUGUUAUAGUAAAUUUUGGAGAAGAUGCAAUGUUUUCUUGUAAUGCAACCGGAGAACCGACUCCCGAUAUUAUAUGGUAUCGAGACUCGGCCGUGAUACCUAUUGAUGAUUCACGCUACGAAGUAAUGGAUAACGGAACCUUAAUGGUACAUAAUGCAGACGAAAAUGACGUUGCAGUGUUUGAAUGUAAAGCCAAAAACCCAGCCGGAGAGGUGCACUCCAAACCAGCCAGGAUGAUGGUUAAAAUCAAACCAGACAACAAAGGAUACCCGGUAUUUACUAUCUUGCCAAGAAAACAAAUAGUUAAAAUCAAUCAGCCAAUUACACGCUUUGAUUGUGUGGCACGCGGCAAUCCUAAGCCACAUAUAUCUUGGUAUUUCAACGACAAACGGAUAUUACUGAGUGAAAGAAUUUCAAUGAGACACAACGGUUCCAUAAUUAUAGAAAAUGUACAACAUGAAGAUUCAGGACUUUAUACUUGUCAAGCUGAAAAUAUAAACGGAAAAAUAACAGCAGCAGUCACUCUUGAAGUUAUGGUUGCACCAGCGUUUAUCAUAGUACCGAAAGAUCAAACAGUAACGAUUGGUGAUACGGCACAAUUUAUGUGUACUGCUAGAGGAGUUCCUAAGCCCGUAAUUACAUGGUAUAGAAACACUAUGGUAUUACCACCGAGUGAAAAUAUCCUAGUAAGUAACGAUAACCAAAACUUAACUAUUAUUGAAACAACUGAUGACGAUGAUGGCUUAUAUCACUGUAGAGCUGAAAAUUCUGAAGGUCUUACUGAAAUAUCAGCUAUACUUAAAGUGCAAAAUUUUCAAAUUAUCGUUCCGAAAAUUCUAUUAAGACCUGAAGAUACUGAUGCAUUUAAAGAAACCUCCGUACAACUGCCGUGUGAGUAUGAAAGUGAGCCGCCAGCCAAUGUCGAAUGGAGAAAAAAUGGAAACCGAAUUUUACCAAAUGAUCGGAUUACAAUAUCUCUUAUUGGUAGUUUGAUUAUUAGUAACAUCAGCCUUAGUGAUGCGGGUAGCUAUGAAUGUUCGGUUUAUAACGAGUACGGUCGUGACACAGCGUCAAUAUUUUUAAGUGUGAAGGAUCAUAUACUACCUGGUGAUGAAUAUGUAAAUAUUGCUCUAACUGAAGCCACGAGAGAUGUUGAUCAGGCUAUUGCAAAAACUAUGAAAGAAUUAUUUAGUAAUCAAAGUUCAAAUUCAAACUUUCAUGAUCUGUAUAGAAUAACAAGAUUUCCAAAUGCACCGGCAAGAGAAGUAGCGCGAGCAGCGGAAAUCUAUGAGAGAACUCUGGAUAAAGUUAGAGAAUUUAUACAGUCUGGUUCAAAAGUGACUUCCGUGCAACCAUUUAAUUAUGAAAAUGUACUAUCCGCUCAACAUUUAGAAGUUAUAGCUCGUUUAUCUGGUUGUGUAGCACAUAGAGAAGCUAAAGAUUGUUCGGACAUGUGCUUCCACCAAAAGUAUCGUAGUUUUGACGGGAGCUGUAACAACUUUGCUUUUCCUACCUGGGGCAGUUCCCUUAGUGGUUUCCGAAGAAUUCUUUUUCCCAUCUAUGAAAAUGGAUUCAGUCAGCCAACCGGUUGGAACAAGGAAUUAAAAUACAAUGGAUAUGCUUUACCAAGUGCGCGACUGAUAUCUACUGCUAUAAUAAGUACAACAGAGAUAUCAGAAGAUAUUGAAAUAACACACAUGACUAUGCAGUGGGGUCAGUGGCUCGAUCACGAUUUAGAUCAUGCCCUGCCUUCUGUCAGUUCACAAACUUGGGAUGGCGUUGAUUGCAAAAAAACGUGUGAUUAUGCAGCUCCGUGUUUUCCGAUAGACGUACCUGAAAGUGAUCCCCGAAUAACCAACCGCCGAUGCAUUGAUUUUGUUAGAACAAGUUCAGUUUGCGGCUCGGGCAUGACCUCAGUACUUUUUGGGAAGCUGCAACCUAGAGAACAAAUCAAUCAAUUAACAUCCUAUUUAGACGCUUCACAAGUUUAUGGAUUCGAAAAAUCUGUUGCUGAAGAUUUACGAGACCUAACGAACGAAAAUGGUACUCUUCGUGUUGGAGCCAAAUUUCCUGGGAAAAAGCCAUUGCUACCUACUACGGGUCUGAAUGGUAUGGAUUGCAGACGUAAUUUAGAGGAAAGUAACCGAAAUUGUUUUGUGGCUGGUGAUAUUAGAGCCAAUGAACAAAUCGGUUUGGCUGCAAUGCAUACUAUCUGGAUGAGAGAACAUAAUCGAAUUGCUACUGCAUUGAAGGGCUUUAACCCCUUCUGGGAUGGAGACAAAGUGUACCAAGAAGCAAGAAAAAUUGUAGGAGCUCAAAUGCAAGUUAUAACAUAUGUACACUGGCUGCCCCUUAUACUCGGUCCUGAAGGAUAUGAACAACUUGGUAAAUACAAUGAAUAUAAUCCAAAUCUAAAUCCUUCUAUCUCCAACGUAUUUGCAACAGCGGCUUUACGAUUCGGUCACUCAAUUAUAAAUCCAAUUCUGCAUCGCUACGAUGAAAACUUUGAGCCUAUUCCUCAGGGUCAUUUACUCUUGCGCAAUGCAUUCUUCUCACCUUGGCGACUGGUUGACGAAGGUGGAGUAGAUCCUUUACUGAGGGGUAUGUUUACUACACCUGCUAAGCUUAAAACAUCAACGCAAAAUCUUAAUACGGAGUUGACAGAAAAAUUAUUCCAUAUUUCCCACGCCGUUGCUCUUGAUUUAGCUGCUAUUAAUAUACAGAGAGGAAGAGAUCAUGCCAUCCCUCCAUACACUAAAUGGCGGCAAGUGUGCAACAUGACAGAAGUUAAUGACUUUGAUGACUUGGCAACUGAAAUUUCCGACAAAACUGUUCGGGAUAAGCUUAAAGAACUAUAUGGAUCCGUACAUAACAUUGACGUUUGGGUCGGUGGCAUCUUAGAAGACCAAGUUGAAGGUGGAAAAAUUGGACCUCUAUUCCGUUGUCUCUUAAUUGAACAGUUUAAGCGUUUACGAGAUGGUGAUAGGUUCUGGUUUGAAAAUCCCUCCACAUUCAAACCCGAACAACUACGUCAAAUUAAAAAGGCGAACUUGGCAAGGAUACUGUGCGACAACGGUGAUAAUAUUGAUACAAUAGGUGAAAAUGUAUUCUUAUUACCAGAAGUCCAAGAUGGUUUAAUUUCUUGUGAAGAUCUACCAUCGAUUGAUCUUCGGUUUUGGACGGACUGUGAAUCUUGCGGUGACGAUAAUUAUGGUACCGACACAAAUAGAGUUCGCAGAGAAAUUGUACCCGAUGUUGACUAUUAUAGCCAACUGACAGAAAACGAUCAUCGCAUUAAUACAUUGGAAGAUUCUCAGAAUGAGAUGAAGCAAACUAUCGAAGAAUUGAAAACACGAAUUCGACAUCUGGAGGAAUCUUGUCCCAAUAAUGAUAUAGAAUAAAAAGCUAUACAAAGCUAACUACAUAUUUCAAACGACUAAGGCUACGUAUCAAUUUAAUGACUUUUCCCGGACACAAGGCAACAAAUAAUAUUUAAAUCCUUCAUAUUCUUAUUGAUGUAUUUGAUGUUUCAAAAAAUAAAAAAAUACAAAAAAAGACAUAAAAAAUAAAAAAAAAACAAAAAAAAUGUUUUGAUGUAAGUUACAAUAACAAAAAAUACAAAAAAAUAUGUGUACACCAAUAUUUAAAGAAGAAAAACAUAUGUAUUCGUACAUAACAAAAAACACAAAAAAAAAAAACAGAAUAUUAUCCCUAUAUUUGUGUAAAGUAGUAUUCUUCAUCGUAUUCGUAAGUCUUCUCUCUGUGGUCCAACUAAUUAAGAUUUUAUUUAAAUUCCAUUUAAAUAAUUAUUUUAUUUUUUGCUAUACCUAUAUAUAAAAUAUAUAAGUUUAUUACAAACAUUUUUGUUGUCCUAUUUUUACAAUUGACUGCAGGUUCUGUUUAAUUCGAAUCCAUGCCUGUAUUGUCAAAAAAAAACUCUAUUACUAUGCAUUUUUUCAUUGAAAUUAUAAUCACAUAAAAUACUUGUUACACUUUUCAAUGUUAGGUGUCUAUAUGCAACAUAAUCUAGUCGUAAGAAUUAAACGGUAGUUUAAGGAUAACUUAUUUGACAAUAUAUGUAUUGUGAUUCAGUUACGAUAGUAUUUAUUUGCGGUAAUUCGUCAGAUAUAUAAAAUUAAACAACCUGUUGUGCCAUUAUUACGCUAAGUUUGCUAUGUAAUUUAUCACGCGAGGAGUUAAGUUUCGCUGUAUUAAUGUUAUUUGCAUUUACUAAAUAACAGAUUCUUAAGGGUAUCGUGGUAUGUGUACAUACGGUGAAAGGUCAAGAUCCGUCCUAAAUUGUAUUUUGCGGGGUCAGAGACACGAAUUAAGAAUGUAUUUAUAAGGACUGAGUAUUUUUCAAGUUCGGAUAAUAAAUGAACGCUAAAAUUUAUGCGAUUAUGAAUUGCACUUAAGCUGUUUUGCUCUUUAUUAAUGUUUAUAGAAAUAAGGUGGAUGAGACUGCGCUACCCUUAAAUAGUAUCUUGGAAGAGUUAUACCUAUCGCUAAUUUUAUUGAUACGCUUUCAAUGAAUUUAUAUGUCUACGUAUUAUGUUAAUAAAUAGAUCUCCAUACACUAAAUGAAUGAGUCUGCAGCAUGGCAGAUGCUAAUGAGAUUUCUGACUGAAGGGACACAUUUUUAAAACUAUACACAAGCGUUAAUAAUAUAUUAGGUAGGCGUUUUCGUAGGAGUCAUCUUAGAAGACCUAUUCUAAGGUCCCUUGAUUGAACAGUUGAAAGUCGAUACGCGAUUUAUUAAUACGCUUUGAAUGGAUUUUUUCUGUAGAUGUGUUAAUUCUAUAAGGCAGUAGGCAAUUAAUGUAUGGUUUAUUUUAAACAGGCUGCAUGAAAAAUGAUAAUAAAAUAGCCCGUCAUGAUUUACCUUACUUCUAUAAUUUGGAAAAAAAUAUCCCAUAGUAAUCGAGAGUCAAUUGAUCUUAACUGAUCUGUUAGAUUUCAUAGAUCUUCAAGCAAUAGCGUCUGUAUAGCUGGAACGUCCAGUGGAGCAGAAUAGUGCAAUAAGGUUAAAUCCUUUUCCUUAAUAGAAGAGUCUCUACCAAGAAUUUACGGGCUUUAAUACUAUGUCUUCAUGCGGUCGGUUUGAAAAUACCCUUAUCUACUAUUAUACAUUUAUAAUCUCGUAGAGUAAUCUCAAUUAUCUUAAAAAAAUGAUGCAGAGUCACUGUCAUUGAUAAAUUAUUAUUAAUAUGACUAAAUAUUUACACCUGAAUGGCUAUUUUAUAAGAGCUAACACGAAACUCACUUUUAAAGGAUACACGGAUGAGAUACGGAGUGAGUCCUUGCAGAAUAGCGCUACUGACUGAAUAACUUUAAUGCAGUAUUUCCAUCCGACCUCCAUAAUCCUUAAACGAGUAAACCAGUUUAUCCGCACUUAUUGCAUUACUUAAUUAAAUCAAUAUCAGAACGAGCCUUACAAUCUACGAUAUAUGAAAAUGUAAAGCCUCUUACUCGUCGUUAUUUUUAAUUUUAUUAUUAAUAAUAUACAAAAAAAAAAUUCUGUUCUCGAAAAUUUCGCCGUAAUCGUAAAAAGACACUUUUAAUAGCACAUAAAUUAAUUUUAAUGCUAUAACAUAAAUUAUUGAUGUAAUAAUUAUUGCUUUUUGAUAUGCGAUACAAUUUUAUUAUAUAGAAAAUGAUAGAAUUUCGAGUUGUUAUACGAUAACUUACAUACUACUAUUGUGUCACGUAAGAAGUUGAACCCGUGAUAUUUGACGUAAAUGUCAGUCGCUGACUGUACCAGAGAAUUACUUAACACGAUAAGAUUGUCAAAUUCAUUUAUUGCAAGAUUGUGUAAGCUUAAAUAAUAAUAUUGAAUAAAUUCAUAGAAGAAUAAAAAUUACAAUGUAACGUAAAAUGGCCUGCAUAGUAUUUAAUUACAAUAAUAAUAACUUCGAAUAUAAAAUCGUAUAGAAAACAUUAAGAUAGUUAUCUAAAUGUUUUAUGUUAAAACAAAGACUUUGCAUCAUUUUUUUUUAUCUUACAUUUAACAUUAAAUCUAUUAAUCGAUGUCAAGUCAUAUAAGUGUAAUGAUAAGAGUCUAUCAUGGACAUACUCAGCAUUAGCUUCAGGGAGGACUCUUGAAAUCUUUUGUUUUAUUGGAAAAGAGCAUUUAUAUUUUUGUUUCUCAGUUCCUUAAGCUCAUUAAAUUGUUGUUGCUCUUAUAUAUUUAAGUAUUUUAUUAUUUUAAGGAAAUUAUUUUUACUCUUAAAUAAUAGGAUCGUGUAAUCUCUAAUUCUCCCUGGGUACGCCCAUGAUCUAAGCAUACAACACCAAGAUUAUAUAUUUGUGCUUGUUUAACACCAAAUUUAAUUAAGAAAAGACAACAAAAUAAUAUGUCGUAGAUUUUAGCAGGAGCGUCCCAUUCCCUUCUUGUAGCGAUAUUAACAGUACAUUUAAUAAAUAUUCGAAAUUUACAUUAAACAUAUUAUUUACAAAUUAUGUUCUUAAAUUUACUUUGGUUAAAAUAGUAACGAUUUUAUUUUUAAUUUGUUAGAUAUUAUAAUUGAAUUUCUUAAUCAAAAUCAAAGUAUAAAUUAUAUACUAGCAAAUUUAACAAACUAUUAUAGAGAUAUAUUUUUUGUUAUCAUUGUUAAAAUUAGUUCAAAGCAAAAUGUUAUUAUAGGUACAUAAAAACUGUUAUCUCUGCUCAUUAUGUUGUACACAAUCUUUGUAAUGACAGCAUAAUAAAGAGGUUUAUAUCUCCCGUUUCUGAUUGUCAAAGUCGGAUUCACUAAACUGUCAAAAUAAUGAACGCUCAUUGGUCGCCUCUUGCACCAUUGGUUACCUUCAGCCAAUUACAGUUCAGAUUAAAUAAAUUCAUAGAGAAUUCAUAUUCUUACUUAAUUUUUAAAAAGAUUAUUUUCACUUUGGUCUGUUAUUUCGUUUGUCAAAUUAUUUUACAUGAGGUAUGUUGUACAACAGAAUGAGGAUCAGUAUUUUGAUUUAAAAAGUAAUUGACCACAUACGUACAUAGAAGGGUUUGGAGGCCUAAAGUGUUAUAUGCCAAGGAAUACUUUUUUGUUUAUCCGCUCCGAGUAUUUUUUAUGCAAUUUUAAUAGGUAUAGAAAUUUAGUUAUUGUAAUAAAUGCUAAUAAAUCUAUUCAUAAUAACUGUCUUCAUUUCAAUGGAAUAUGUAGAAAAAAAUAAUAAAAAUAAUAUUAAAUCAGGCAAAUCACUGUCAGAUUUUAAUAAAGUAAGUUUCAAUAUUAGUUGUUUUAAAUUUACACAACAAUGCCAAAAAUAAUUAAACUUUUUAUUUAAGGUGAAUUUACAAAAUAGUUUUAAAGGUUAGGUUAGGUUAGUUUCUUUACCUUUUGUACAAAUUCUAUUGAAAUGAAAUGAAGAUCUAAAUGUAAAUAAUAUUAUCAAAGUGGGACAUUUUUGUGCAAACAAGGCUUCAUUGUUAAUCUUAAAAAACAUUUGAACUCGGUUUCAGCAAACUGUAUUUUUAAUUAUACAUAAAAAAUUGGAUGCAUGUUAUAUGCCGUUUAUUUACUAAACGACGGUCUUAUAAUUUCGCAAUAGUCAAUAAUGCGCUGACGGAGUGAUUAAAGAGGCCUAAGUGUAACCGCUUAUUAACCUACCGAUACAUAUUUCGUUUUUUUUAAAUAAUAGCUCAAAUAAUACUUUAAUAAAACAUUUUAAUCGAUGAUGAAUUGUUUGCGCAAAACGGUCUCACUUAUUAAUUAUAAUUUGCGGAACAAAUUAUUUACAUAUCUAUAAACAUAUUCAAAAUCAGGGUUAUAACUAGGACGUAAAAGUACAAUAAUUGCAAGAUUGUAUGGAAGUUCGAGAAACCACUUUGGCAAUUAUUGAAUAUCUACUAGUGAAAAACGAAUGGCGAUUACGAACCCAGAACAUCUCAUAUAUAUAAAAGACAGUCAAUUUAUUAAGAUCGGAAAACGCAGUAUGCAGAAAUAAAUGUUUUUGUAAUUUUAAUGUUUAGAUCACACACUCUAAUAUUGGACCUAACAACGUAUAAAAGAGAGUUCGGUUAAGGACUUCCAAUAAUGAACCUAGUUGUAGUCCUGUUUUAAUAAAAUGUCGUAGUAACUUUUAUUGAUUGUCUUCGUCAAGUAUGAGUAUUUAUCUACUACAUCUAUUUAAUUGUUGUUAUUUAGUAAGUUUAUUAGGUAUACAUAAUAUUUUGUCU